AUGGAGCCCAAGAUAAUACAACUUCACAAAGACUUGAAAGAAGCUCCAGUUGAUGCCACGAAGUAUAGAUACACCAUUGGUUGUCUUAAAUACUUGCUGAAGACAAGGCCAGAUCUCUCAUAUGUUGUCAGGAUAGAGAGUAAGCAUAUGGAAAGCCCUAUAAUCAUGCAUUACAAGGUGGUCAAACAAACACUUAAAUAUUUAAGAGGGACAAUUUAUUUUGGGCUUGCUUAUGUGAAAGGAUCCCAAGAUGUCAAUAUAUUUGGCUACCCUGACAGUGAUUUAGCUGGUGAUCUCGACAGGAGGAAAACCACAAGUGGAGUGGUGUUCUACUUAAAUGAAAGCUUAGUUUCAUGGAAUUCACAAAAGCAGAAGACGUUGACUCUCUCAUCUUGCGAAGCAGAGCUCAUAGCAUUAUUUUCCCUCUGCAAUAUUGUUCCUUGCAUCCUUGGUUCUAAGCCAACAGUGGAUCGAUGGAAGAGCACUGAAACAAUGAAGGAUUGGUCAGACGAUAAUGGAGAGUGA